UCAUUAUAUUACCUAAUUUAAUUUAUUUUAAGUAUUUUUCGUUACUAUUUAUUCAUUUAUUUAUUUAACCAUCUAUUAUUUUCUAAUGAUAUAUUUUGACCCCUGCUGUUCACUGUUCAGAAUGGCGGCCUGAGUUGAGCGAGGCUCGAGAGGCGGUGGCUGUCACGUGGCACUCCCCCCAUUAAGGGUUCUCUGUAUAAGUUCCUCCUUCUACUCAUUCCACUGAUGGAACCGCCGGAGAGACGUGAGGGCCACACUACUACGAGCACCGUGAUGCAGAGGCAGCCCUCAGUAAUACUGACCCCUGCAAAGCAACCACCUCCCAGAGGUGCUGUGCCAGAGCUCAGCAGUUUGGGUCAGCUCAUCCUGGCUUCCCUUAUAAGUGCCACUCCACCACCACAGCCUCUUAGAAGAGUUGAUCCCAACACCUACUAUAGAGAGGUAUAUAUGAGACAGUUUCGGGCUGAACCUGAAGCACAAGCAGGAUGCACACAGCCUUACCUUUCCCAGACCGAGGCUGAUAGAGACCAGAGUGAUUAUGGCACAUCAUUGGGUCCCUUGCCUCAUGCUCCUGUAGGCAAGAUAAUGGAGAGGACAAUUUCAGACUUGAACAACUCAGUGUUUAGGUCGGAGGUAGAUGUUGGAGAGCAGAAUGAUGCUGACCAUGAUGUGCAGCAGGAUCCCUCUUCAUUCCCUAACAUGGACUCUCAAGAUUGGGGAGGAGUAGAGAGAAACUAUUUAGUCUCUAGGAAUCAUACAUCACCACAGGACAGAGAGGUUUUUGUAAACAAAACUGGCUUGUCUAGUCUUCAAAGCAAUAUGUGCAAGAGCAGCAAGAUGCUAGUACCAAGAGUACUAAAUAGAGUGAUUUUUUCUCAGAACAGCUGUGUACAAAACCCACAUAAUGAGGUUAUAGCCAAGUCAGUGAAAUUUUGCAGCCCUUCUACUGCUGCCUUAGUAGUAUCUGAUACCCAUCCUGCUGAUUUGAUAGAUCACAAUGAGCUUGAUGCAGUUGAUCCCCACCUCUUUGAUUUAUCACUAUCACCUAUAUUAGAUUUACCUCCAUAUGAAGGAGAAAACACCAUCAGUCUCCAAGCUCAGUUAAACAACAAUGCCACAGUUCUCACAGAAGCAACUUCAUGUCCUGAAACAGCAAAUGAAAGUGAAAACAUAAUUCCAUUUAGUGAUCAAGAAAACGAUGCUAGAGCUGAAGUUGCUUUAAACAUAAGCAUAACGAAAGAAAUAACUUCUGAUCCACAUUAUUUACAGAAUCAACAAAAUUUAUAUCCUGGAGAGGGUGAAAUCAUUACACACGAGGAGAUAGGAGAUCAAAAGGAUUUAGUAGAUUUAGAAAAAAAUAAAGUUACAUUUGUUUCCUCAUCUAAUGCCACAUUGUAUACUGACAACCAAAGAAGCCCUACUGAGGAGCAGAACUACAGAUUACUAAAUGCUGCUGUUGGAGAAAAUUCAAAGUCCCUUGAGGAAAAUACAGAAUUAGGAGGUCAUUGUAGCAUGAAUGAGAACAUAAGCAUGCCUAGUAUUCUUACUGGUAUUAUUUCUCAUGUGAAGGCUAUUGAUGCAGAACAGGAAGAAGAAUUACCUGCUGCUAAUAAGCAUACAGACUCAGAUGUAAAAGCUCAUCCACUUACCAUGGAGAGUGUGAAUAAGCUUAAUGGAAAUACUAAUGGCAUUAUUGAACAUGAGAGUGAGAGUUCUGAAAAAAGUGCAAAUACGAAUUUAGAAGUCCAGAAGGCUUGGAAUGAGAGUGUGGAUAUAUUUGAUGAAAACACAGAUGUCACACUUCAGAAUAAGAUCCAAGAAUGUAAAAAUAAAGAGAAACUGUGUGCUGAAAUGAAAGAUAUGGCCUUAAAAUCUAAAGAUGUUGAAGCAAUAAAUGAAAGUGCAAUAAUUUUCUAUACAACCUGUGAUGCAACUCAAUACAACGAGUUUACUGGUGAAGAGCAGAAAAAUAUCACUCAUAAUAAGGUGUCAGAUAAAUCUGAAAUUUCACACAAGACAGAUACCAGAUCACAGAUAAUUAGGAGUUCAGAACAUAUUAGAGCCCAAGACAGAAUUAUGACACCAAAAAAACCCACCUUCAGGGCACCUUACAAGAUUGUUUCUGAGUCACCAAUUACUGGCUACCCACUAGACAGAAGAAAUAUUACAUCAACACCAAAAGAGACACAACAGAAGAAAAUCCUCAGGUAUGGUAGUGGAUACUCAUCUGACACUAGUGAUGGAAUCAGGAACACCAGUGAUUGUAAGUCCAAACACUUCACAACAAAUGGUGAUACAAGCCCAGGAGAACAAAACCCAGCUCUGUGCCUGAAUUUAGUUGAUAAAAAGCCUGAAUUCAAGCCAAAAUUUAUAAGUAAAUUGAGCUCCUUUAAAUUUUCUGUUGAUUACAUGAAAAAGAAACAGAAUGAUGGUCAGUUAUACCUCAAGGAAAAAAAAUCAUUUGAAGCUACAAAGCACCUAUCAUCAAAAUCCAAAAUCACAAUACAAGAAUCUUUAAAUCUCUCAGAGUCAUCCACAGUAAAACCAGAUAUAUGUAAAACUACUGGAUUCAUGCAUUCAGAGGUAAAACAUAAGUCUGAGAGCAGUUUCACCAAGAUAACAGAUGAACUGGAGAGUAGCAAGUCAGAUGUGAUUCAAGAAAUCAAUGUGUGUGCAACAACUUCAAAAAAAGCAGCUAACAUGGUUGAUAGUGGUGAUGCAUACCACAAUACUGCUGAUAAGUAUGCCAGAAAGUUAGAUAAAUUCAGAUUUAAUAAAGACCUGUCAGUUAGCCCUGCAGUGAGUGGAGAUAUCCCAGGAACAAAAAAGAGCUGCAGCUUUCAGAUUAGCUUGGAGGCCAGUGAAAAAGUAAACAGUUAUGUGAAAGUAAAGGGUUUAGCCAAAAGAAAGAAGGAAAACCAAGAGCAUGUGACUGUCAGGAAAAGAAAUAAGAAUAUUACUGAAAGUCACUCUCCUUGCUGGCCAAAUGAUGACAGUAAAAAGACAAGAAAAAGAAAGUCCAGUAGUUCUAGCAAGAAUUCAUCUGAAAGUUUGUUAGCAAAGAAAAGCAAAGAUGCUAAAGAAUGUUCAAGCAGUUGUAAGAAUGAGAGUGAGGGCAAGAGUGACAAAAAUUAUUCUGUUCUUAAAGAUUGUUCGCAGGGAUUUGUGAAUUUACCACAGCAGAUGCUUGGGAAUGAGGCUCAGCUCCUGGCAGUGUCAAAAUAUCUUACUAGUGCUCAAGAGUUCUGCAUAACCCUCCUUUAUAGGGAUAAUUCUUCUCAGUUGCGAGAGAGGGUAUCAGGGGGCAGGAAGCAGCAUCCUGGUAGUGGCCAAGUGACUGGUUUUGCCCUAAGAGCUACUUGGGCUGCAGAUUCUGCUCCUCCACAUGACCUACUUCCCACAGCUCACAGUGGAGAGCUGACUGAGUGUCAUGGUGACAGCCUCAGCCAAGAGUGUGGUAAUGGCAGAACAUCAUUCCUAAGCAACAACAAAAUUUCAGCAGUGUAUAAAGUCUCUCUUGGCAUCAACUUUAACAAGGAAGAAAUCAGGUCUGUGGUGAACUGCAUCAUGAAUAGUGAGGCAUGCAAGAUUGGUUUUGAUGCGCAGGAGUCUAUCACCUUCCUGGUAGAAAAGCUUGAGAUCGAUCAUAGGGAAGUCAUCAGUUCAUGGGUAAUUCUGGAUCCCAAGAUUGGUGGGUGGUUGAUGAACUCAGAUCAUCCUCCCAUUACUUUCCAGCAGACAGCAAUUGCUCUCAAGGUUUCUCUUCCUCAGGCAGAGGUUGGCAAGCGACCUGAGGAGGAGAUCAAUAAAGAUAUGGAGGCACUGAGCCUUGUAGCUGCUGUUCUCCAUGCCCGGCUUGUCCAACUCAGUCUGUGGACCAUCUUCCUACACCUGGAGAUGAGGAUCACACCAAUUCUAGCUGUCAUGGAGUUAAGGGACAUCCGGGUGGACAGGGCCAUCCUCAAAGCAAAUAGGACAGAGGCUCAAGCUCAAGAUUGAGGAAGUAGAGCGGCGAUGUCACCAGGUUUCUGGCUCAGUGUUUAAUGUUGCUUCUCAUGCCCAGUUACGUUCUGUGCUUUAUCAAGAGUUGAAGCUAGAUGUGAAGGCAGGAGUGGCUGUCCCUCGUACUACUAAGGGACAGAAGAGCACUCGUGAGGCAGCUCUUGGCCGUUUAAGAGACCUCCACCCAUUGCCUGGUCUUGUGCUUCAACACCGCCUUCUCAAUAAACUCAAGGACAACAUACGUGGAUGGGAUCCUUGCCUGCCUGCAUGGCUCUUGUGUGCGGGCUGCCUGGGAGCAGACAUCAGCUUCCACAGGACGUAUCCAGUGCCACCAUCCCAACUUGCAAAAUAUACCCAAGCAGCCUGUCACAGUGGAAGUUGAUGGCAGUGAGGUGGUGGUAAGGGCACGGGAAUGCUUCUGCAGCCGGGAAGGACAUGUGUUGGUGUCAGCUGACUUUCAGCAGACUGAGUUAAGAGUGCUUGCUCAUCUCUCUCAGGAGGCUGAGUUAUUGGCAGGAUUCAGGCAGUCCAAUAACACAGAUAUCUUUAAGCAACUCACAGC